GGCGCGCUCUAGCCUUUUGACGGCAAGAACGCUAGCCUUGAGCGGAAGAGGGGCUUGUGAGCACAAAGCAACAUAAGCGGGCAAUCAAAUCAAAGGAGCACUCGCGUCUAUUUGGGCGACGGAGUGCGAGUGGUCGGGGCUUGUGACGGCCGAUACUUCAAGGCGGGCACAAGCGGGUCCGAACCACGAGUUCUUAAUGCGUCAAGUUGGUUUGGAGGGGAGCUAUUAUGCAAGUAAGACACAAUAUCUAUAAAGGUCUAACAACAAACAAGCAUAAAAGCAAAGCAACACUUGGUAGAAGGCUUAAGAUUUCACUAAUCAUUUACCCUCUAAAGAGCUUUAAAUGACAUACAAGGAGAAUGUCUAGUGAACACUGAUCUGACAGUAACACAAUAAUGGAACCUCAAGCUAAGAAAGCAUAAACUAAACUCUAGGAAAACAACCAAAGGAGUUGGAUUCUAACACUAUGCCAUAAGCCCAAACAUCUAUAAUCGUAGUAACCCAAUCUCCCUCAUCUAUAAUCACAAUUACACAAUAAAAUAACAACAAAACAACAUACAAAUUACUAAAUUAUGCAAGUGUCAAAUUACACUACCCAUCACCUUUCCUUAAUAGCUAUUACCCAUCAAACAAAACACACACAUUCCCCAAAUUAGUAAAAUAUUAUUAACACCCACAACAUAAUUAGCAUGACAAUUGCCAUCACUUAUCCUUGACUAAUCACAUGUGUCAUGUUUUACAUGAGCCUUCUUGCAUGCUUACUCUAUAAAUAAAUAAUUCUCCCUUUUUAUUUAUUUUUCCUUUCUAUUUUUAUUUUCUUCCUCACAAAAUUCACACUCUUCUGCUGGUUUUCAUCCUCCAUUUCUGAAUUUCAGGUAUCAGCAACGUGAUAAUCAAGAUGAAUGCAAAUGAGGAUUGUUGCUUUCUCCUUUACUUCAUCAUGGGCACAUAUUUCGGCCCUGAUCUCAAAGGGGAGAAGACCCAAAAAUCUGCGUUACAGAGGAUAGCAGAAGAUCUUCCUCCUUACACACUGAAUCAGUUGGCAGAUUCCCACAUCAGAACCUCUGAAAUCGAGCAAAUUUACUAUUAUCUUGUAAGGAAAGCAGAUAGGUCACUCAUCGUCAAACUACCUGUGUUGUUACAGUUCAUUCAAGGAAAUCAUCCUUCCGAGGGUGAAGACUUCCUUACACUCUUUCCUUCUCAUUUGCACCCUCAAACAGAGUCACUUAACCAUAGCAGAAUUGUAGCAAGUGUUGCAUUUAUUCGAAAUCCAGCUAUCUUUUAUAUCAAACAGGAGGAUAUUGAGAGGUUCAAGAAGCUGACAGGACUAGAAGAGCUCUUCAUAGAAAACACUGUUGUAAGGCUGCCGAAUGGUAUAUAUCUGGAGAAGGGCGAUGAUGAUGACUCUGAAGAGGAGCCCAUCGGAAGUUACUUUCGUGAGUGUAAAAGCCCUAAAAGGAAACGUCGAUUAGAGGAAAUUUUGGAAACUGAGAAUCUGAAGUCACCACAGUCACUUCAAUUGGCUUUGCCACCAUCUGGAGUGAGAGAUGGGCCUGGUAUUGUUAUUCUCCCUUCCCAGCCAAGUCGAGAGGAACUGCGUCGCAUUGUGGAGAUAGCAAGAAACUCAUAUGCAGUGACUGGAAGUGCAGCAAAGGGUCAGGUGGGAUCUGUUAUCGGACUGAUGGACAUUAGUGAAUCUGAGGAUUCAUACCUAUUCCGUGUUGCCCUUCCUGGAGUUAAAAGAGAAAACAGAGCAUUCCAAUGUGAGGUAGAUAGCGAUGGCAGGGUGGUGAUAAAGGGAGAAACAAUCACAGGCGAGAAGAGAGUUUACCGCUUUUCACAAACAUUCAUCAUGCAAACACAAAACUUGUGUCCAACAGGACCCUUUUCUGUCUCAUUUCAGCUGCCAGGUCCAGUUGAUCCCCAAAGAUUCAAGGGCAGUUUUGGUUCUGAUGCUAUCCUCGAGGGUGUUGUGAUGAAGCAGAUGCCUUCAACAAGAUUAAUCAAAUUUGGCGGUGAGCAGUAAAAUCUGUAAAAAUGUCGCAUUGCUAGAUAUUCCCAGUAAGCAAUGUAUGACUAGUAAGCCAUCGUAAAUUCCUAGCUGAUAGACAUCCUGACUUGUGUAAAUUAUCGCAGCUGCUAGCUAAUUUUCGAAUGACCCGAAUGUAACAAGACUGUCAACCUCAAGUAAUAUGACUUCACUAGUAGCUAAUUUCCGUAAGACCAAAAUGUAUCUAGACUGUUAACCUUGAGUACUAUGACUUCACCUAUUCCGGUGAAUCGGUAAUAUUAAAAAAUAGUGAAAUUUUAAUUUUGCUUGUAUUCUUCUAUCAGCAGUUCCACAAAACUAGACCUAGCAAAACCAACCCUGUCUCAGAUCACCCAACCCACCCUUGAAGUAAAACAGAAAUCACAAGUAUUAACCCAAUUCACUCAAAACUAUACUAAGACUAAAUUGAACUGACACCUGCAGUCCUGCUCGAAUAAUACAUGAACCAAUGACACCUCAAAUGAUACGAAGUACAGCUAGAGAGUGAGGGAGAUUGAUAUCAGAAACAGAGGGUACCUAAGUAGCUAGUUAAUACUAAAAUACCAGCCCACAUAUUUUACUUGAAGAGUAACCCAUUUCCUACAUACACCCCCCGAGCAUACGAGGACUAAGUCAGCUUGAGGCACCAGAGAGCAACCAAAUCACCAAACAGUCAAUAACUAAACUGUAAAGAUAAGUCAUGCAUUCAACCUUCCAAAAGGCUACAAUGGCAGAGUAUAGAAAA